AACCUUUCCAACCGUCAGAGUUUCGAAUACUGCCCAACAUGCAACGAAUGGAUGUUGACCUCGAUGUACCUGCCUUCCUCAACUCAGAGAAGCAAAAUGUUCCUAGCAAUCUUCAGCAUUACUACGUAGACUUUGAGGAUCUUUAUGACAGAAAGCUUUGGCAUCAACUUACACAAAAGGUUCUGGAAUACUUAAAUGAGCCUGAAUCCGGUCCUUACCAGAUAUCGCUAUUCCAAAAGUUCGUUGUCGAUUGGGAAUCCAAGAUCAACAAGCUCUCUCUCGUAUACAUUGGUUUGACUACCGCACGAAAAUUCACAGAACUGCAAGAUUCGGUCAACUUCUUGUCUGAAAUUAUCACAAAAGUUGACACCCCCGAGACGAAGGAUGCAUAUGUGUACGCGGUGAUGGAAGCGGCAUACUUCAAGUUGUUGAUGGGCCAAACGGAAGAAACGAAAAAGGCGAUUGAUGAGUGUGAAAAGAUUUUGGAUCAAUUCGAUAGCGUCGAAACCGUCAUAUAUGCCUCAUUCUACCGCGUUAGUGCAGAAUACUUCAAGGCUGAAGCGGACUAUGCUCAAUACUACAAAGGAGCUUUGUUAUAUCUCGCAUGCAUUGAUAUCAACAAGCAAUUGACAAAGAAGGAGAGGGAAGACCGAGCGUUUGAUUUGGCAAUUGCAGCAUUGCUUGGUAACACCAUAUACAACUUUGGUGAAUUGCUCAUGCACCCUAUAUUGGAUUCCUGGACCGGCACCGAACAUGAGUGGCUGAGAACGCUUCUAUUUGCUUUUAACGCUGGUGAUAUCGGCAAAUUCGAGUCAUUGGCAGGACAUUUCAGUGAAUUGCCUGUCUUACAACAAAACCUGGAUUCCCUUAGUCGAAAAAUCUGUUUAAUGUCUCUUAUUGAAGCUGUGUUCAAGCGAUCAGGAGAUAAUAGAUCCAUUCCAUUCUCAGACAUUGCUGCAGAAACCCGCCUUCCCAAUGACGAGGUGGAACAUUUGGUUAUGAAGGCACUUUCGUUAAAUCUUAUCCGAGGUUCAAUUGACCAGGUUGACCAGACUGUAAAUGUCACUUGGGUCCAACCCAGAGUUCUUGAUAGAGAUCAGAUUGAUGGAAUGCGAAAGCGACUCGAUAUCUGGAACAGGGAUGUCAACAAGAUUGCAACAUUUGUGCAGCAAGAAGGUGGUGAAGUCUUCGCGCAGUAGAUUGAAUAAUGGAGAUACAUAGUUGUUCGUAAAUAAAGCCUCUUCAGUGGUAGUACUGAUAUCAAUGUUUGAUAUGCGUAAAUAUACGGAAACCUUGCGUGGCAAACGCAAGUCUGUUUAUGAGAUUGCAAUACCACAGAUGACAUUGAACG